CCUGUGUCUCGGCCAAUGAGAGGCCGCGGCGCAUGUUGCAGUUUCAGGCGGCGGCCAAUCAGGAGGCGCCGGAGCGGCCAGCCUCCACUAGAGGGGCGGAGCGGCCGCGGGCAGCAGCGGACAUGGAAGGGGAUUAGCAGCGGCCGGGAGCGGGGACAGGCAGGGACAGGCACUGGGACAGGGACUGGGAGCGGCAGCGAGACUAGGAACAGCCGGAGCAGCAGCAUGGGCGAGAGGGAGCGAGGGGACGCGUGGUCCUCGCUGGCCCACCUUCUGUCCUACGACAGCCUGGUGCACGCCGUGGCCGGGUCUGCGGGCGGUAUGAUGGCCAUGUCCAUCUUCUACCCACUGGACACGGCCCGCUUGAGGCUCCAAGUGGAUGAGAAGAUGAAGGCAAAGUCCACACCGGCAGUGAGUCUGGCCGAUAUCAUCAAGGAGGAGGGGCUGUCUGCCGUCUACCGCAGCUGGUUCCCCGUCAUCUCCAGCCUCUGCUGCUCCAACUUUGUCUACUUCUACACCUUCAACGCCCUGAAGGAGGUGUGGGCGAGGGGCCAGCCUGCCUCCAACAGCAAGGACCUUGUGAUGGGCUUCCUCUCUGGGGUGGUGAAUGUACUGGUCACCACUCCACUGUGGGUGGUCAACACCAGGCUCAAGCUGCAGGGCGCCGUGUUCAAGAACGAAGACAUCCAGCAGACCAACUACAAGGGCAUAGUUGACGCGGUGGGCCGGAUUGUGCGUGAGGAGGGGGUGGCGGCCCUGUGGAGCAGCACCCUGCCCUCCCUGCUGCUCGUCUUCAACCCCGCCAUCCAGUUCAUGAUCUACGAGGGCCUCAAACGCCACCUGAUGAAGGGGCGCGCACAGCUGUUCUCACUUGAGGUUUUUGCCAUUGGAGCCGUUGCCAAGGCCGUUGCCACCACCGUAACGUACCCCCUGCAGACGGCGCAGUCCCUGCUGCGGUUCGGCCAGCGCAGGAAGGAUGCAGGGAGAGGCAUCUGGGGGAGUCUGCAGAGUCUCAUCUACCUCCUGAGGCAGCGGAUGAAGUGCCAGGGGUUCAUGGGUCUGUACAAGGGGCUUGAGGCCAAGCUGCUACAAACCGUCCUCACCUCCGCCCUCAUGUUCCUCAUCUACGAGAAGAUCGCCACCAUCAUCUUCCGCAUCAUGGGAGCCACCCCUCACGCCAGCAAGUGAGGGAGCUACCACGGAUGAUCAGAGAUGCUCAAUGCUGAAUUACUCCAGCAUUUAGCAUCAGGCUUCAGAGUCAACUAGCAUCUGCGGUUGUCGCCCAAGAUCCAGGGAAGGGGGCGAUCCGGAGAAGAGGCAGUGGGAAGUGAAGGUGGGUGGCGGGAGGAGAGAGAGAGAGAGAGAUAGAGAGAGAGAGAGAGAAAGAGAGAAAGACGGGAGAACUAAUAUCACUGUGAUACUAGGCGGUAACGAGAGGCUACUUUUGGAUAUACCGGCUGUUAUUAAAACUUAACUCCACCAUAGUCUCCUGCCCCCUUUUUUUGCUUUACAAAAUUAAAUGUAUUUAAUUAUUGACCGUAAUAUUCACAACAAACAAUAACAAAAUAUCUGUCAUCAUAACACUCAAAAUGCAGAGUAUUCUAACAAAUGGGCGGCAUGGUGGCGCAGCAGUAGAGUCACUGCCUUAGAGCGCCAGAGAGCCGGGUAUUCUCCGGGUGCUCCGAUUUCCUCCCACAUUCCAAAGACGUACAGGUUUGUAGGUUAAUUGGCUUCGGUAAAGAUUGUAAAUUGUCCUUGGUGUGUGUAGGGUUAGUGUUAGUGUGCGGGGAUCGCUGGUCGGCACAGACUCGGUGGGCCAAAGGGGCCUGUUUCUGCUCUGUACCUCGUGAGUCACGAGCGUUUUAUUGUUAUGUCCCAGAUAGAACAAUGACAUUGUUACUUGCAGCAGCACAACAGAAGAUGUAAACAUAGUACUCUGUGAACAAUAUGAUUAACAAGAGGAACAAAUUCAGUUAUAGUCGGGUGCACGCAUACUCACAAAUACACAUAUACAUGUACAUAUGUGUAUGUGUGUAUAUAUAUAGACACUGAACUUUUUAUCUCUAUAUAUGCACACAAAAAACAAGCAAUAAUAGUGCAAUAAUAAUAAUAAUAGUCUAUUGUAGUUCAGAGCUUAUUUGAGGUUGCUGUGUUUAAUAGCCUGAUGGCUGUAGGGAAGUAGCUGUCCCUGAACCUGGACGUUACAGUUUUCAGGGGGAGAGAGAGAGAAGGCUAAGAGAGGGGGAAGAGAGAGAGAGAGAGAGGGCAGAGACAGAGAGAGGGCAGAGACAGGAAGAAAGCAGAGACAGGGACAGAGCGAGUGCAGGCCACUGCCAGCACAUUACUGAUCGAGAUGUUUAAACCCCACUGUUUUUUUGUUUUUUUAAAUAUUUUAUUUUAUUAGAAGUAAGUACAGUCAUAUGGCACCAAAGUGCCUAAUAUAUAUUUUCAUAAUACAUUUUAUGUACAACUUAUUUUUUUAUUUUUUUUUGUUACAUUGAAAAAAGAAUAGAAUAAGAAAAAUAAGUUAGAUAGUAAAGGAUAGAAAGAUGUGAAAUAUAUAGUGUGUGAAGAAAGAAAACGAGGAAAUGAAGAAAGUUGAGAGAGAAAAUAGAGAAAAGAAAAUAAAAUAAAAAAGAAAAGGAGUUCAUUAUUUAUAAUCUUGACCAACCCUCGUCCAGUCCUGAAACAGUUAUUUUUUACAAUUGUGUUGCACCAUAUGAUUCCAAAAAAACGACGAAUGGAGACCAACUCGUUAUGAAUUGGUCUGAUUUAUCCAUUAGGAGGAAUCGCAUUUCCUCAAGAUGAGCGGUGUCCAACAUACUUGCAAUCCACAUUUUAAGCGUUGGUAUUGAUGUACCCUUCCAAAAUUUAAGUAUUAAUUUUUUUGCUAUUAUUAAACCAUAGUUAA